CUCUCUGCCUUCUUCCCUCAUAGCGGAGACCUCUGUGCUUUCCUGCUUCAGAGCUGAGACCAUGCUGCCUUCUCUUGGACCUUCGAUCUCUGCCUUCAGGACCCUAGCUCUGUGGGUGCAGGUCCCAGGUCAGCCUCCUGUCCUGGAAGAACAGGAAAAGACUCUGCCCCUCUGGGAUCCUUCAGCCUUCCCAGCUCAGCUUUCAGAAGACCAAGACCUGGACCAAGCAGGGAGCCUGGAGUCAGAGGGAAUGGCCCCUGGGAGGUCCAGACCCCCAGCCCAGGAGUUGGUGACAUUCAAGGAUGUGGCUGUGGACUUCACCUCAGAGGAGUGGGGCCUCUUGGACCAUCCUCAGAAGGAGUUGUACAAGGAAGUCAUGCUGGAGAAUGCCCAGAACCUGCUCUCCCUUGGUCUGCCAGUUUCCAGAGAAGAUCUCAUCUCUUAUUUGGAGGAAAGGGGAGCAUCAUGGUUGCUGGAGCAAGAAGGCCUGAGGAGCUGCUGUCCAGAAGGCGAGAUUAGACCAGAAAUGAAAGAGCCUACUGCCAAGCUAAGCAUUUCUGUGAAAGAAAUUCAUGAGGAAAGUUUCACGAGGGAUGGUCCUUGUGACUUCACUGGGAGACAAAUCUGUACUGUACUUCACAGAAUCCACACAGAAGAGGAACCUUAUGAUUGUCAUUAUGGGAAGAAUCUAAGUGAACAGUUAUCCCUUAUUUACAAUCAAAAAAUUCAUACUGGCGAGAAACCACAUGAGUGUCAGGAAUGUGGUAAUGCUUUUAAUGAACACUCAUCCUUCAUUACACAUCAUAGUAUUUACAAUGACAGGAAACCUUAUGAAUGUAAUCUGUGUGGAAAGGCUUGGAGAGGCAGCUCUAGUCUUCCUGUACUUAAGAGAAUCUACACUGGAGAGAAACCUUAUGAGUGUCAUCAGAGUGGAAAUGCUUAUAGAAGUACCUCGGAUCUUGCUGCACAUCAGAACAUCCACAGUGGGAAGAAACCUUAUGAAUGUGAUCAGUGUGGAAAGGUUUGGGGAUUUAAAAGCCAACUUGCUCUACAUCAGAGAAUCCACACUGGAGAGAAACCUUAUGAAUGUAAGCAAUGUGGAAAGGCUUUCAGUUGCAGCUCCAGUCUUUCUCUACAUCUAAGAAUCCACAGUGGAGAGAAACCUUAUGAAUGUGAUCAAUGUGGAAAGGCUUUCAGAAUGAAGUCUAAACUGGCUAGACAUCAGAGAACCCACACUGGAGAGAAACCUUAUGAAUGUAAGCAAUGUGGAAAGGCUUUCAUUUGCAGCACGAGUCUUUCUCUACAUCUAAGAAUCCACACUGGUGAGAAACCUUAUAAAUGUGAUCAAUGUGGAAAGGCUUUCCCACAGAGGACCAGUCUUAUUUCACAUCAAAGAAUCCACACUGGAGAGAAACCUUAUAAAUGUGAUCAGUGUGGAAAGGCAUUCCCACAGAGGGGCAGUCUGACUUCACAUCAGAGAAUCCACACUGGAGAGAAACCUUAUAAAUGUGAUCAGUGUGGAAAGGCUUUCCCACAGAGGGGCAGUCUGACUUCACAUCAGAGAAUCCACACUGGAGAGAAACCUUAUAAAUGUGAUCAAUGUGGAAAGGCUUUCCCACAGAAGACUGGUCUUACUUCACAUCAGAGAAUCCACACUGGAGAGAAACCUUAUGAAUGUGAUCAAUGUGGAAAGGCUUUCAGAAUGAAGUCUAGACUUGCGGAACAUCAGAGAAUCCACACUGGAGAGAAACCUUUUGAAUGUAAGCAAUGUGGAAAGGCAUUCAGUUGCAGUUCCAGUCUUUCUCUACAUCUAAGAAUCCACAGUGGAAAGAAACCUUAUGAAUGCGAUCAAUGUGAAAAGGCUUUUAGAAAACCCUCAGUUCUUCUUAAACAUCAGAGAAUCCAUGCUAGGGAGAAAUCUUAUGAAUGUGAUCAAUGGGGAAAGACUUUCCCACAGAGGACCAGUCUUACUUUACCUCAGAUAAUCCACAGUGGAGAGAAACCUUAUUAAUGUAAUCAGUGUGGAAAGGCUUGUACAUAGAACUCCUGUCUUGCUGCAUAUCAGAGAAUCCAUCCUGGAGAGAAAUUUUAUGAAUGUGAUUACCACAGAAAGGCUUUCCAACAGAGUUUGAAUCUUGCUCAACAUCAGAGAAUCUACCCUGGAGAGAAAUUUUAUGAGUUAUUUGGAAUGUGAUGAAAGUUUUUAUGUACACAAUCUCCUUAUCAAAGGAAUCUGAUGAAUAAAAUAUCCAAGAGA